UUUGAUAGAAAUGCUCUGUAUUUCAACUUAUUAUAUGUUAUACACCAUAUUUAUAUAAGACAAAUUGAUCGAUUAUUGGAAAUCAUGUGACUUAAAAAGAAACCUACAAGCUAACAACAAAACUAGAAAAAGAGCAAACAAAAUGAUAAACACUGCAGCUCACACAUCACAUAAAGAAGUUUAUGAACAGGCCAAAAAGAAGCAGUAUCAUGUGAAUAGUUCAAUAAAUAAAAAAAAUAUAUAGACUUUCAAAUAGUGAUAUACACGUAAAUAACAUCAACAGAGGCGAUAACACGAAACAUGAUACUGUUGAUAAAAGCAUAAAAUUAUUGUCAAAUAAUACCUAUUCUGUCCUGUUUGCUUCUAAAGAUCAACAGCUUUGUGAAGAACAGCAAAAAAAAUUGAAGAGGAAAUUACUCUACCUCAAAGUACAGUUCACUUCAUUUCAAAUAAAGGUAAACAUUAUCAAUUGACUUUUAAGGCUGAAAAUCCACACUUCGAUUUCAUGCAUUUACACUCUUCUGUAUAUUCAGUAAAUAAAAAGUCUUCAGAAGCAGUUGAUACUACUCAUUAUAAUAAGAGUAGUCAGGUUGAAUCAAAUGAAUAUUUUGUUGAAAUACGUGGAAUGAGAUGUAACAAGUAUGUCUUCAGCAUGAAAAGGUAUCGUAUUAUACCUAAUCUGCACAGUAAACAAACUGUUAUGGAUAUUUCUAAAAAGCUGAAUAAAAAAACAGCUGAUGUUAAAUUUACCACUGCCAGCAUACGCAAAGAUACUAGUAACAAUUACUAUAAACAACAAUCACCAGUGGAAAGUACAUUAUAUAUACAAAAAGAUGGAAUGCUUUUUCUCAUGAUAAGUAAUUCUAUUCAUAUGGAUAUUAGUCAGUCAUUUGCAGACUACGACAGGUUAUCAAGUGAAGAUUUUUCAAGAAUUGAUAAUAAUAAUACCAAUAUUACUACUAAUGCUAUCACAAGUAGUAGAUUCACUUCUCCAAAGUUAAAAAUACAACCACCAAAACGUGAGAUUUCGAAUUAUGCAUCGUUAAUUGGUCGAUUAGGACAGGAUAUUAUACGCAUACAUUUUAUUCUUAUUGACUGUAACAUUAAGCCAAUAACCUGUUUUAACUCACGUGGAUGUCAGUCUGUUGAAAAAUACGCUUACAUAAAAAUGUGGCCAAUCAAUUCAAAGAAGCCAACGUAUUGCGCAAUACCACUAAGUACAUACAUUUAUCAUGAUCCAAUGAUAUCCGUUCGAAAAUAUAAUACAAUGCUGAGAAGGAUUGGUAGUGAGCCCGGCUGGAUGAUUGAACAAAGAAGGGAACGACACCAACAGUUUCUGACAUCAGCACAGUUCAAUAAAACUACAAACAAUCAAUGUAAUCAUACAUCCUUUAUCCACUUUGUAAUGAAUGGAUAUAGAGUUAAAUUAAUAUGCAGUAAUUAUUUGAAUACAAUAAUUGUUAACGGACAGACAAUAUAUAAAGAUUUUGUAGAAGCCAAUCAAAAUACUUCACGAUAA